AUGACUGCCGAAAUACCACGCUGUCAUAAUGGCGAUACCGAUUGCAUCAUAAAUGUUUCGCACACUUUGAUCCGACAACAUGCCCGUACUGGCUAUCCGUCGGCCGGUUUUCCCCAAGUCGAGCCCUUCUUGGUGAAGCGUUUCGACAUUUCGGACGGACGGACCGGUUCGCUGAACCUGAAACUGGCCUUCCGCGAUGUGAAUGUGGAGGGAUUGUCGGGCGUGAAAUUCGAUCGUGCGGUUGGCUUCGGCGCCAAUCCAGCAACCACCAAGUUCGAGAUGUACGGCUCGUUCCCGAAAAUUGUGCUGCGCGGCAAAUACAAUGCCGACGGCCGAAUUCUGAUUCUGCCCAUACGCGGUGAUGGAGACGCCGACAUAACUCUGCACAGUCCGAAGUUCUCGGUCAAGUUCAAGCCGGGCGUUCAGCAGCACGAUGGUCGCACCUACCUGACGGUGGACAAGCUUAAGGUGCUGGUGGAGCCACAAUUAAUGAACAUUAAGCUGACCAAUCUGUUUAAUGGCGAUCAGGCCUUGGGCACUAAUCUAAAUCAAUUCCUGAACGAGAAUUGGUCCGAUGUGUGGGGCGAGCUUCAGCCCUCGAUUCAUGUGGCCAUUGCCGAAAUUAUGAAAAGCAUCCUGUCUACCCUGUUCAAGCGCUUCGCCUACGAGGACCUCUUCCUAGAGUUGCUUGUCAUACAAAGAUCAGCGCUCUAUAAAAACAAGGCAGCAGCACGAGAAAUUGUUAGUUUCGCAAAUGCAUGCAUAAGAAUAGGAUUAGAAAUGUUCCGAGUUGUAGGCUUGUUGGUUCUUUGCUUAAUUGUGGCCGGUCAGGCAAAGUUUCCUGAUGAUCCGAAGCCUUGUAAACAUGCAGAUAAGAAAUGUCUUCUAAACAUUGUUAACCACCUUCUGUCCGAGAAGGCUGUGGUGGGCGAUAGUUCUAUAAAUCUGGUAAAGCUUGAUCCGCUGCGUGUCGCCAAAAUGAAUAUUAAACAAGGCGCCGACAGUCCUGUAAACAUUGAUCUGACCUUUACGGAUAAUGAAGUGUUCGGAAUAAAAACCUUAAAAUUGCUUGAUAUCAGAGGCUUCGGCACCGAUUUAGCCAAAAAGCAUGAGUUACGCAUGAAGUCCGAUGCCGUCUCCCUGGUGGGUCCUUACAACAUCAAAGGCAAAGUUUUGAUACUGCCCAUAAGUGGUUCUGGGAUAAGCAACUUGACGCUUGUCAAUUGUAAUGUUGUGAUCGUAUUUACGGGUAAAGCGUACGAGAAAAAUGGCGAAACCUACAUGAAAGCUACCAAUCUGAAGGUGGAAGCGGAUCCCGAACGCUUGAUUUAUAAUUUUACCAAUCUCUUCAAUGGCGACAAAGCAUUGGGCGAUAACAUGAACGCCUUCCUAAACGAGAACUGGAAGAGCAUUUUUUUGGAGGUACAACAAUCCAUGCAAAAUGCCUUUGCCAAAAUAUUUGAGGCUAUCAUCUCGAAUGUUUUCACAAAGUAUCCCUAUGCCAAGUUCUUUGAGGCGUGAAGUGAAGUGAAGAAAAAUAAAAACAUUAAAGUGUUGAAUUUUGCUUAAAUGAUAGAUAUUUUCUCCUUAAUUCAAAAUAAAGUGCAAGGAAACUAAAAAACAAAUAAACAAUAAAUAAACAAUUUAAAAA